UCCUUGAACAAAGACUGUAUUAAGAAAAAAGAGAUAGAGACAGGGGCUAACGCUAGACUUGUUAUAUAAAACAGCGUUAUGCAAGAUAAUUGCGAUCGGGAUACGGAAGGAAACACUUAGGCAAUUGAAACUAUUUGUCUGCUUCUGACAUUUGAAACAUCAAAAAGCUAUACUAAAACCGUCCGAUGGGUAAUACAAUGACAGAGAUGAGGACUGUUCUGGUCAUUUGCAUUAACACUUUUUGAAGCAAGAAUUUUACAUGUAAUGGCUGAGAGACCCAGAUCAGGAAAACCUUUAAACAAGAACUGGUGUCGAUGUUGGCAAGGUGUGUGCAUCACACAGGAAGUAUUUGCAGACGUAACCACGGAUGGUUUUGGAAAAUUGCAAGGAGAAAUCAUUGAGGACAUCAACACCACCAAAAGUUUCGCACAGCACACACUUUGCACUUCUUGCAAAACUCCUAAUUUGCUACCAUGUGGGACCAAAAAUCUUUGCAAAGGACCAAUGCGAAGUUGCGCCAGCCAUGUAAGCCCCGAUUUGGCAUACACACCAUGCAAAACGAACGGGUUUUGCGGAGAGUUCGUCAUGAAGCUUAGAGACAAUCAUCGCUUUGUAAGUCCAGUAUGGAAGAAUACAGACGCUUCCAAAUGGUGCACAGAUGCCUGGGAGAUUGCGAAAUGUUUCAUGUCUCCGGAUGGUUAUGCCGACAAAGCCAAUGCAAGGGAAACCGAUUUAAACGGGCUUAUCAGCUCCAUCAUGAACUGCACGUACUUCCAGAAAUACUUCAGUGAUGAUCUAUCAAAGCCAGAAAAUAUUGCUGAAAGGGCCAAGGAACAUGUGACUAAACUACGUCAUAAUCCUGACAUGGAGGUUACAGAUUACCAGACAAUGUCUUUAUUCGACGCAUUCAUUAAUUUGCUGAAUGAUGAAAGAUAUUUAAGAAAAAACGAAAAAGCAGUCCGUGCCCGAGAAGAUUUGGAAAAGUUGAAGAGUGGUUCCAUGGAUAUCACAGAGAACGAAGUAUCAACGAUAACAUCUUACAUCCGAAGCGUAGAGAACCACAUGAAGGAACUCAGAUGCAACAUGGAAAAGUUUAUGAUAGAUGGUGACAAGCAACGGAUGUAUGUGAAAUCUCAAAUGUCUGUCGCAACUGCACUGGAUUUUAAGGAGGAUUUGGGGAAGCUCUACAUGUCACAAUACAGUACACUUCCAGUGUACCCGUCCUUACCAGAAAUUGACGACAAACUACACGACAUAUACGUUAAGCCAAAGAUCAUCCAACUGGACAAAGGAAAGUACGACAGAGCAUUAUUUCGCGGUGAACAUUUAAGACGUUCUGUGGAAUUGCGCAAAAAGGAUGUAACAGCGCUAAGGGACAUUUUUUGUAAAGGAACAGAACAACUGCAGAAUAUAUACAUACAAGGUGAGCCCGGUGUGGGAAAGACUUCACUAUGCAAUGCCCUUGCAAACCUCUGGAGCAACAAAGAGUCACACUACACGAACCCAGAGGCAACCCAACCUCUAUUCGAUGAUGUACAAUCCAUAAGGGAAUUUGAAUUUCUUUUUCUCGUUGCAUUACGAGAUUUCAGUGGUCGCGAAUGUAACGUAGAGGAAAUGAUUUUGCGCCAAAUUGUCAAAUGUUUGCCAACAAAGCAUGCAUCCUACUCAAAAGAAAUGUUAGAAGAGGUCCUGAGCACAUCCAAAUGUCUUGUACUUCUAGAUGGCUUGGACGAAUGGAUUCAUCCAACAGGGAAUUCGGAGAAUUGUCUUUGCAAGGGCACAAAAACUCUGCCUUCCACUGUCCAUAGGGGAAAUUGUACGUUUGUAACUACUACUCGUCCUUGGAAAAUGGCAACCGUAUUCAUCAAAGAAUCAGAAAUCGACCGACGGCUCGAAAUAUUGGGUGUGCACAACCCGAAUGACCUGACAGGAAAGGUCAUCAAAAGCUUGAACAAGAGGAAAGGGGAAUCAAAGACGUCGGAUGACUUCUUUGUGGCAGUUGAAACGAGAGGAUUAAACAACCUCCUUGAAAUUCCUAUCAUACACAUGCAUUUGCUUUGCCUUUGGCACGACGGUAGAACCCUCGAACCGUCUGUUUGCAAAAUAUACAGCAGUAUGGUUGACAUGCUGUUUGGAAGGGCUAAUGAUAAAAAGCCACAACCGUAUCAAAGUCACGAUUUGUCAAAAGAUAUUCAAAACUUUCCUGCAAGUCUUGAAAACGAGGAAAAUAUUCAAGAAAACAAAUCUCUUGCUGUUUCCCUAGCUCGCCUUGCGAACCAUGUUCUACAAAUUCGCGAGAGGGAGUUUGCUGUUGUUUUCACGACAAAGCAAGUUCAUUCGAAUUUGUCAAAGAGCGAGUUGGCGUUUGCAUUGGACAUUGGUAUUUUGACACAGAGGGUGUCCUUGUUUUCGACCAAGAAAGUUGUAACGUACUCUUUUCUUCACAAAACGUUUCAGGAAUACUUUGCUGCGUUGCAUCUAGCGGUAGACAACAACAUCCAAAUAGAUAGCAUCUUUAUGUUGCAUGGACACAAAGACAAAGUCCAUGACAUAUCACUUCUCUUCAAAUUUGCUUGUGGACUUUGCACUGAAACUUCGCGAAGGAUAUCCGAAUGUCUGAUGCAGAAGAAAACCACAGAGCUUGAAAAGGAAUUGCAUCAUGUCGGAACAGAGACAAAGUUAGACCUGAACCGCCAUUUUGAUGAAAUCCGAUCUCUUCAGUCGCUAAUGCUCGAAGGGUUGCAUGAAUGCCAGAAUAACGGAAACAUACAAAAUCAACUUGUACUGACUCACGUUACAAGUCAUGAGCCAAAAAGUGGCAAUUGUUUGUGGAAAGAUCUUGUCGAAAUGAAUAGGAGGCACAUCGUGUCUUUAAAUAUUUGCAGAAACUCAUCACCAGGGACUGAAGACGUCAGCUUUUUGCAGGAGGUCAUUUUGGGCUCUAGUGAUACGUUGAAAUAUGUCACAUUCCGAAAUCUGCACAACUCAUACGACAUGAAGGAGUGUGGCCAGCUUCAAUACCUACAUAUUGAAAACUCAUUCCCCCACGAUUCCCACUCUCGUAUAGAUAUAAACCCAGGGGAACUCAUUUCUUGCACGUUGGACCACGUCACUGCUGAAACUGAACAAUCCAUUUUACCGGCCCUUUCCACUGCCAGAAAACUGCAUACAUUACAGAUCAACGGUUGUAGAGAUAGUCGUUUGUUUUUCGAAGCACUUCCGGAAAUAAGAAGUUUAAAACAACUGAAGAUGUGUGAUACUGAGGUCGAGAAGGACUUGGUUAUUUCAUUACCCGCACAUAUUGAAUACCUAUACUUCUUCAGAGUGACUGUUUCGGUCGAAACACUUACUAAACUCGCUGACAUUUGUAAGCACGUGCCUCAUUCCAUCACCAUCAAACUGAAAGACUGCAGUACCUUACUAGGAAAGAAAUUUGCUAAAUUUAAAGAAAGUAUCCAGGCUUGCAAUGAUGAAUUCAAGGUUAUCAUAGAAGGAUUCAAGUACAACUAUAAAGAUGAAAAUGAAUACCCUGUUUUCAAAUUCACAACGAUCCGUCACUGAACUGAAAAAUCAUUAUUAAAAGAAAGGCUGCUUAAUUUUAUCAUCACAUACAGGAUGGGGGCGAAACGAUUGUUUAAAUGUUGAAAGUAAAAUUAUAGUAUUUGGAAUAGUUGUGUGUUUUUGACAACUCGACGUCUGUAUUAAAGUUUCUACAGUAAAGGCCUUCAUUCUGAUAACAAUAUCUACCUCACUGUACUGAAAUUGACAAAUGAAUGCACUAAGCUCAUCACACGAUGUUAGGUCUUGGGGCUACUACACAUGUACAUUUUGCACGCAUGCCUACGUACCGUUUGUCGUUAUUAGAAUUAUUAUAUAUUUAUGGAUUUAAAGUAUUAUCUUUAUGGUCAUUUUCUGGUUCUGUUGAGAUUGUAUUUUAUUACAGAAUCAGCACUGUUGUGCGCAUACAACUUUGUAUAUACCUUGAAUUCAAAAUGGUCAUGUUUUUGAGAUGCUGUGAACUAUAUUUUGCACGGAAAAUACUCAGCUUGUCUUGGAAGUAACCACGACAUUCAUUACAUUUAACACCGUGGGUGCAGCCAUUAUAUUGUUUCACCGAAAACUAUGCCGUCAUAUUUGUUGCCUACGUCUUAUUUACUUUAAAACCUAGCUCUGAUGGUCGCGGUACAAUUGAACAUUGUUUUAUUAUUAUUAUUACAAUGUGUUGUCUUAUAUUAAUAUGAUCUUAUUUGAUUGUUUCAUCCACAAAGUAUUUUUUGCGUUUAACUCAUUAGCAAAUGUGUGUUUGUGGGUUUUGGUGUGGGAGUGUGUGUGUGUAUGCAGGCGUGCGUGCGGGCGUGUGUGUGAGGAUGUGUGUGUGUGUGUGUGUGUGUGUGUGUGCGUGUGCGCGUGCUUCCGUGCGUGCGUGCGUGUGAUGUUCAACGUGAUCUUUAUCAAUGUUAUAUGCUUCAUUUUGUUAUUUUCGUAAAAUACAUAGAUUUAGAUUUAAUGAC